AUGGAAAGCGAGGAAAUCUCGGAUUAUUCUGACCUUACAGCCGGGCAGUACGAGGGACAAGUGUUGAAACGCGAGAGAAAUUACAAAUGGACUCCUUACUGGUGCGUGUUGUACGGCCGCCAAUUGACCUUCUACGAGAGCAGCGAGAAAAUCAGCGUCGUAGGUCGGAUUGAAAUCCAGCCUGGAAGCACAUGCGAUAAGGGACAGUCUACAGGGGAAAUUGCCGAGCGAUUUCGGCGAGAUUAUUCCAAGCUCAGUAAAUACUCACUUAGACUCAAAACGAAGAAAGGAACUCAUUUGUUUACAUACGAAAAUGUCAAAGAGCAGACGCGUUGGCAAAUCGCGAUGAACAAUGCGUCGCAAAUAAACGCCAGCGGUGUACGACUUUCGUGGAUCCCUACGCCAUUUUCGAUCGUCAAUUCGCCCGAAGCAGUGGAACAGAAACGGUUGAGUCUCUCGCGGACCCCUCGUGACCCAAACGCAAACAUUCAACAGAAUACGGAAGAGGUGCAAAUAACGACGGUUUCUAAUUUUAACUCUCAAUUACAGUCUGUGGAAAUUUCAUGUGGUGCUGCAAUAAAAUUCAGUAAAAAAUGGUUUUCCCGAAAAAUAUCAGAUCGAAAUGUUUCAAGUGAUCAAAGCAAAGAACCAGCUAUCAACGCAGGUGUAGCCAGUACCUCAGAAUCCAAAGAUAGAAAAACAUUGUCUGAGAAUGAAAAAAGUUCUCCUAGCCAAUUUGAAGGAAAGAUUGAUGACCGUAGACCAUUCAGCAAGCCUGGAGAAAACUAUCACUACACCAAGGGAAAUGUACUUCCAAACACGGAAGACAAAACAUUCGAAUACAAGGCAUUGACAGGAGAAACUGCACUAAAACUACCAUGGAAAAUUAUGGAAAGAGCAAAAAAGUUCAUCUGUGGCAUUCUAAAUGGUGGUGAGCGGGGAAUAAUAUACUUUGGAAUUGGAGAUUCAUAUGAUAAAACAACCAAUUAUAAACGCGGCGAGAUCAUUGGUUUGGAAGUCAAAGGCUUUAGGGACGAAAUAACCCAAGCAUACCAAAGAACAUUGGGCGAUCACAUCAAGAGUGAUAAUGGUAAGAUGACGACAGGUGGUGACAUGAAUUGUAUUAAUAUACAUUUUGUUCCGGUAUGGGAAUCAGGAAAACGAACAGCACGCUAUGUUAUUGAGAUUGAAGUGAAGCGAGAAUGGAUGUUCUGUAAAGAUUUUGUAUACUACUUUCAGAAAUGGACUGAAAAAAGAGAAGGACGAAAUAGUGAGAAAAGUGGACUGCACGAUUUGUACAAGGUGGAGAAAGACAAGUGGGAAGAUCCUGCAAUUAGGACUUGUGGAUCAUCAGAGUCUGUUAAAGCAAUUGAUACGGUAAAGCAAGUGAAAGAACCACUUUCGCAGAAGUACAGAGAAUGGCAAGAAAAUACGAAAGCCAAACAACAGAAGGAAGCACUCAAUACAAGAGAAGAUUUGAACAUUCAAACGCUCAGCGUUAAUGUCAGAAAGAGUUUGAGAGAACUUAAUUACAAAGAAAAUAGCUAUAUUCUGAUAGCCAACAGGGUUACUCCAGAAUACAGAGGAUCAAAUACAAUCUCGUUUCUUAAGAAAAUCCCUUGGAUUGCAGUGUUUGACCUUUUCGAUUUACAAACAGAAAAGGAUGGCCUGUAUUAUAUUCUUAAUGAAACAAAUGAUUGUUUAAGGCCAAGCAUGAAGUAUCUGGACGAUUUUAAAGAUCCGAAGGUCAAUGAAUCAAUCUUGAAAGUUGACACCACGUGGAUAGUUCGGACAAAGGAGAUGCAUGAAAGCAGCUGGACCAUGUUCUCUAAAAAUUCUCUGUACAAAGCGUUGUCGGCCUAUAGUGAAACCCCUACUGGCCGAGUCCACUGUGUAUUUCUCGUAUUGAGUAAUGACAAUUUGCAAGAAAUGGCUGAUAUCGUCGAUUCCUCAUUUAGUAUUAUUGGAAGUGAUGCUAACAAGCAUAUUAGUAUAAUAACUGAAAGAAAAGAACUGGGAACUCAAAUGGUCAAAUCCUUAAAACAUGAUAUAAGUAAGAACGUGAAACCUCCUUGUUCUAUCUUUGGUAUACAAUUUAAUUUGUUGAAAGAUAUCAUAAAAGGACUACUUGGACCAAUUGGGUUGGACGAUCCAGAUGCAACAACAGAACUACCUUACUUAGCUAGAAGACUGCGUCCUGUACUUAGCAAGAGAAUCAAAUCGUUGACGGACCUUGAGGUUUAUAUCCCGCAUCCAGAUCUAAGUAGUGAAUUAGAGGACAUAAAGAAAGCCAAGGAAAGCUUCUAUAUGGGGAAUGCCAUCAGUCAAAUGAAUCUCUUUCACAAGGACGCCAUUGAACGAACGUUGGAAACGAAGCUGAUACGCUGCAUUGACGAGCAUCUACAAGAAUUACAAAAUUUUUCGUCAGACAUGGAAACAGUGGAGCAAUAUACAGAAACGGUCACCCUGAAUUAUGAAUCUGGUUCAGGUGCAACGACACUUGGCAGGCAGAUACUAUGGAAGAAGAAAGAGGAGUACAGAUGCGCAGUUGUAAAAAAGAUCAGCGAGAAAACAGAAUACCAGAUCAGCCAAUUGCAAAAAUUUUUGUACGAAACACUGGACACAAACCCUGCGCACAUACCUCCAGUUUUAAUACUGGUCGAUAAUUUUCCAGAGAAGCAAGUGCAUCACCUAAGCGACCUGUUAUCAAAGAAUAAAACCAAAUGCGUACUGUUGACUACCACACCACUCGAUAAGUCGACGGGAAAUCAGGCUAACGAUUUCACUCUUGGAAAGUUAGAUAACACCGAAAUAGACAGAGUUCGAGGAGUUCUCAGUACCUUGGAAAGCGAGCGAGCAAAAGAGGCAGUUAAAGUGCUGGAUCGUGAGAGAAGAUUUGUAUGGCUUGGACUGGAACUUUUUGGUCGCAAAUAUGCUGAAAUUAAACCUCGCCUCUCGAAACACAUUUUACAGGUACUAUCCCGAAGUCUAAAUGACCAGUUAAACGAUGCCUACGAGAUGAUUCUUCAGUUCUGCUGUUUGCUAUACUAUUACAGCAAAAGGCGAGCUAUCUACCCACAACCUUGCGUCGAAGAAAUCCUGUACUACCGGGGAGGUCUAAAGACUAAUGAAGAGAGAAAGAUUGACAAAAUUCAUGACAAAUUUGGGGGUAUACUCCUUGACGAACGCAAUGAGUCAGUGGGAUAUCAUGGAUGGAGACCAGCCCACUCUCUUGUCGGGGAAGUUGUAAGAGAAGAAAUUGAUCUUUUCAAAACUGCGAAAAAAAUGGUGGAAGAAAUGAAUACAGGCCUAGGAAGAGCAUAUGUGUGGAAAUUUUUAAUCGACGACACUGUUUCUGUUUUACUACAACGUGAUAUGAUAGCUGAAAAUCCGUCCGAUAUUGAAAAUGAGGGAAUUGAAGACGAAUUCCUUGAAAUACCGGAAGUAAGAACAAAAUAUUCGCAAUUAAUUUUAGAUAUCUUACCAAACCAAGAAGACCAACAUGUGAAAAAUGCACUCGACCUUUUAAUCACAUUAAGUGAAGAAGUCACAACCAUUCAUCAUAAAGCACAUACGUUACAACAAAUUGCCAGGAUGUUUGCAUACGAAAUAGGAAUGAACUGUAUUCCUAAAGAAAUUUUUCCUCUCGUCGAAAGAGUGAAUGUAAUUAUCAAUCGAGAUAAUAGCUCCAUUGUUUCGCCAGAAAUUGGAUUCGAUAUUGCCCACAGAGUAAUAGAUGAAGCAACCAAACUGCAACAAUCUUAUAUCCAUCACCUCGUAACCAAAGCGACAUUCUAUAGGCUGAAGCUUAAAUACCUGUAUCACAAUAAUGGUCACGACAUAAAUGAGCUAAAACUGGUCAUCGAAGAAGCGAUAAAUACUACAAAGAAAGGUAUUGAUCUGUAUGAAAAUGCAUUAAAGGAUAAGAACCGUGACAGUUAUCUUUAUGGUAUUAUUGGAAAAAUCCAAACAAUUGUUGUUCUUGUAAUGAUGUUCAAAAAGCUGCCAUUUUUUGCUCAGCAUCCGAACGGGCAAGAUGAAAGCUUCAAACGAUAUGUCACCUUUAAAAAAAAUCCGGAUGAACUGGGAACAGUAAUAACUGAGGAAAACAAUGAUUACUUUAUUUCCCUAUUAAACACUGCCGUUCAGCUUCUAAACGACUUCCUCGGAGAAAUACAGAUCCGUCGUAAGCUUUCUUAUAAAGCACAUGAAAGAAAGAAAUUAGAAAAUGCGAAAAUUAGGGCAAUGAAGCUACGCACAAGGUUUUAUGAAGUGACAAAUCUGGAUAGAACAAAUUUCGACCAGGGAGUCGUAUUGAAUGAAGAAAUUGUUAACGACCUUUUGUACAAGAACCACGAAUCGCCUUUCAGUUCGUGGAUGAGACUUACUCCGGACAUAAUUGAAAAUAUAUAUCAAUUAUUGAGCAACGCCAUUCCGAAUGAAACAAGCAGCCACAAUGCAAUGCUAACAUGUGCUAAAGCAGCCUUGCAACAAUAUAACACCUUCGAUAGUUUAUCCCAACUAGUUAAAGAGUGGUGCAAAAAGUACCCAGAUUCAGAAUGGGCUCACAUGUUUAGCUACAUGCUUCACUUUCCAGUGCCAAACGGUUCGCUCAAGACAGAUGUAGCAGUCGUUAAAAGUUCAGUUGCGGUAUGUCGAAAACGAUUCCAGGGAUCAAAUCCUGGAUAUCGUCGAUCUGGGGCUGAAUACCUUCUGGGAAAAGGCAUCGGUUUGAAAUCGAUCAUCCCUCCACAUCACGUCGUCAGCCAAGACGCGGAUGAACCGAAAAUAGCGAUUUCUCGUAGCAGAUAUGUAAAGCUUGAAACAGAAUUUUGGCGUAGCAAAAUCGUCUACGAAAAACUCGAACGUUUAAGCGGGAAAAAGAAUCUUCAGAAAAGGGGCGUGUUAGAUUACAGAGGAAUUGAAAUCCCAUUCGAUAAUGACAGAUAUCCGCAUGAAAGUCGAGAUGAACUGUGGUUUUGUCUUGGAUUCACAAUCACUGGGCCCUACGCGUACGACCCUAUCGACAAGGAUACCUACAAUGAAAUUCGAGAGAAGUUCAAAAAUGAUGAUGCCAGGGGGUUACCUCAAAAAAACGGAAGCUCGAAGGGCCCAAGCCAUGCAUGGCAGUUCGGAGACUCGCACAAGAAAUCAGUUUUAGCAUCGAAAGCUAAAACAGCCAUCCGGAAACAAAUUGCAACGCCAAAUCCAGGUAACAAUGGUCGGAAGGAAAUACACAGGACUGCUGCUACUGGAAGCCAAGCAUUACAACAAAAGGGUGAAAAUCACAAAACGUUUGAAAAAUCCCUAAUGACUGGUGCCGCUAUGUCGUCAAGAGACCCUCAACAAAACACCAGCAGCAUGGAAGAAGCGUGGAAAAAAAAUACAAAUUUCAGAAAAAGAACUGUAAAAACCAAAGAAGGUGAAAAAGACUUCCCUCCCAAAUACAUUGAUCCGAAAACUGGAAGAGUACAUCAUGGAGCCCAAGUUCAAGGAGCUCCAAAAUCGGUUGAAUGUUUGAAACACAAGUCAUCUUCCAAAGAAACAUUUUCCAAAUCUUGUACAUUUGCCCACACAUGGAGGAACGAUCCAGUUGUACAAACUAUAUGCGAUCAUUGUACAAACAACGGGUUGCACUUUUGCAACAAAAAAGAGCAUAAGGAAAGAUACCAUUAUAAUCUUGGACAAUUCUUGAUAGCAAAGUGAAUGAAAAUUACGCACAAUAAAUUACAGAUAUAAAGCAAAAAAACAUUUCAACACUGACCUGGUACAACUACAUACAUAACAUGGUCAGGUAUGUUAAUACCGUAAACAAGAAAUGAUCAAUCAGCAUGUGAUCAAUCAAGAAUUAUAGACAUCUAAAUAAACAAUACUGUUAUCUGACAAAUACCAAAGGAAAUGCACAUAAAAAAUUUGAUCAAUACUGAACAAUAUAUGAAUUCAACAGCAUCUGAUCAAUACCAAAAGACAUAUUAACUAAUUCCUAAGAACCUCGAUCAAAAGCAACGGCCAACAUCCAAUCAUAUAUUGAUGAUAUAUAUAAUCACCGAAGUGUCAUACUCUCAUUAGCCAUCUUAAAUGGAAAGACCUUGGGAACUAUUUACAGGCAGCAAACUUGCCAACAAAAAACUUUGAACUCCAAGAGACGUGCAUGAAAAGACAAUGGUGUUUCGAAGAUGACCCUUCACAUUUGCACUCCUAAUCUGACCUGCUAAGCAUAAUCGAUUGUGGAAAAUAUUCGAUUAGGGUAGUCAGUCAUUUAGUUUGCCAUUAAAUGUAAAAUGUCUUGAACAAUUGUGCAACAUAUAUAAUGCAAGAGUAUUGAAUUAAGCCUUUUCAGAACUAGCAGCAUGAUGAUUACAAAACAAUUAUGGACUAAUUAAUGCAUGAAAUUAUGAUUGAAGUAUGGUACUUUGAAAAGUAGAUUAAUAAUUAACAAUUACAACAAUAACUUAUGUUUGAAGAGUAAUAAUGAUAAAAAUAUAAACUUUAAUACAGCAAUUA